AUGAAUUCAUAUUUUACGAACCCAUCGCUCUCGUGCCAUUUAAGCGGCGGUCAGGAAGUUCUUUCCAACGUCGCCCUUAGCUCGACAAACUAUGACCCGGUGCGACAUUUCUCAUAUGGCUCCGCCGUUGCCCAGAACCGGAUAUACUCCAAUCCGUUCUACUCACCACAAGAGAACGUUAUGUUUGGGUCUGGACGAGCACCGUAUGAGUACGGAUCAAAUGUGAUCUACCAGGACAAGGAUGUGCUUCCAAGUUGCAGGCAUAACCUUGGACAAACACAGGAUUACGCUUUAGACCAAUGCAGGACUGCGUCUCAAGAAACAAAAGUAGCCAUUCAAAUAUAUCCGUGGAUGCAGCGAAUGAAUUCGCACAGUGGAGUUGGCUAUGGGUCUGACCGACGGCGAGGUCGCCAAAUCUAUUCACGAUACCAAACUCUUGAACUUGAGAAAGAGUUUCAUUAUAAUCGUUAUUUAACAAGGCGAAGAAGAAUUGAAAUUUCCAAUGCGCUUUGUCUCACCGAACGGCAAAUCAAAAUUUGGUUUCAGAACCGACGCAUGAAGUGGAAGAAGGAGAGCAAUCUCACAUCCACCCUCAGUGAAAUUGGUUCGCUAGGAGCUUGCCAGGAAAGAGACAAAGUGGAAGCAGGGAAUAAAGUUGAAGAAAAGGACUAAAACUGAUGGCCAGCACCAUGUGACGUGCGUGUGGAGAAUCAAAUCUGACAAAUAAUAUAUAUAGGCUACCUAUCGAACUUUAUUGUUUGGCUGUAUUCAUACAAAAAAAAAACUUUUACCUGCCAAACAACAGCCCCUUGGAAAUCCCUUGGAAAUUACACACAUCAAAGAAAGCAGCUUCUAAACAUGCAGCGAACAGAAUGUUUAUCUUCAGUGUAUGGCUUUUUCCCGAGGUAUAUCCUAAACGGGACUGUGAAAAUACGAAUUAUGUGGUUAUCAAUUUGUUAUGAGAAUUUCAAAUAUUACCGCAUGUGUAUUGACAUAUCUUUUUAAUUGUUUACUUGUAGAAAUUGUUUUAACAGUGUAAAUGAUAUUCGUUGCGCAAGCGCUUUGUAAAUGCUUGUAAAUAAUUCGAUUCAUACAAUAAUAUUGUUUAUGCUUUAAAAACAACGGUGUAAACUUCAGCACCACAUUUUAAUAAUUUGUGGUGUUAGAUGACAAGCGUCAUAAAUAAUGUGUUGCAGCACUUGAAUACAAUACAAAUCACAUAAG